AGCUCAUUUCUAAGUUGAACCUGUCCGGGGGCUGUCAGCAAUGCGGACGAAAAUGACGGAAAAUAUCGCAGUUAUCGACUAUGUAUUAGUCUAUGCAUGUGAGGACGGACGCUGUGAUCCUUAUGCUAAACAGAGGAAGGAAUUUCUGAGAGAAGUGCAGAACACCGGGCUGCAUUUAGAGUUCAAUAUAUCCAGGGAUGAGUGGGAGAAAGAAGCGCAGACUGGGCGGAAAAUAGCCAGAGACAAGUAUCGAAUUGUUAAAAUCUAUGCUCCCUUUGAGCUCUUAAGCCAAACAGCUGAGAGGAUGAGAUUGAAGAUGCCUUUGGCAGAGGGUGUCGAUGUGAAAUUGCCUGGGCGCUUACAGAGGUUCAUGGCUCGCUUUGCAACUGAGGUCGUGGUCAACUUUAUCAGUGCACACUAUGAACAUAACAAAAGGCAUCUGUUCCGAGGAUUUGAAAAUGAGGAAACGUUUUUUCGCCCUGCCCUGAGAUCUCUAAUUGUUCAUUACAUCCUCACAAACAUACCUAUAGAUGUUAAGACUGCUGAUGUAGAAGCAGCAACGUGCAAGGUUAGAGGAAAGGUUCCAGCUCUGCCAUACUUGGUUAUGAAGAAGGCGUUUAAAUCUGCUUUUAUACUGCAUGACUUGAAAACGUGCCAAUCUGAUGUAGAUUCUAGCCAAUCAUCACCUCAAGACAAGGGUGGCACCAAAUCAACCACUCCUACGAAUGAAUGGACAAUGCUUAAUGACUUGUGGGCAAACACCUAUCUGAAAUUCCAGCCCCUCUGGAAAAUACGAAAUUACUUUGGUGAAAAAAUUGCACUUUAUUUUGCUGUGAUGGAAACACUUCUAAUUAGUCUCAUUAUCCCAGUGCUCCUUGGCUUGGGUGUUUUCAUUUAUGGUCUUUAUUGCAGUAUAUCUUGUUACAAUGCCAGCAAUGACCUUGAUGAGAUUUUGCGUGGACAUAAUUUCAACAAUAUCUGUUUGUCUUCAAACUUAAUCGCCGAAGUGGUAGACAAGGCUGCGGAUAGAAUUCGGGAUGUAUGUAAUAAUAUUGCUGGAAGGAAAAUUAUAAUUGAAAAAGCACUUAAUACAACAUGUACUAAUAAGGCCUGGAGAAAUGCAAAAUUUCAGAUUUCUUCUGAUGAUUUCUUUACGGUGAUCCAAUCGUCUUUUGAUAAUGAAGCAACACCCUGGUUUGGUCUCGUCGUUUGCCUGUGGGGAACCAUUUUUCUGGAAAUGUGGAAAAGGAUUAAUGCAAAACUGGUUUAUGAAUGGGAUGUUGAAAACUUUGAAAAUGAUGAGCCAGCCAGACCUGAGUUUUAUGGAACAAAUGUUAAAAAGGAUCCAGUAACAAGUGAAUUUGAGCCUUAUUACCCAGGUACUCUGCGACGCACAAAAAUGCUAUUUUCAUUUUUAGUGGGAAUUCUGAUGGUUUGCUGGGUAUUUGCCAGUCUUGUUGCAGUGGUUAUAUACAAAACAUGGGCAAGGCUUAGAAUAACAACUUCCAGCUCUUUGGAGAGUUUUCUAUUGACUACAGUUGGUGCCUCACUCCUCAACGUAGUGUCUAUUAUAAUCACUGGGAAGGUGUAUCAGAUAAUUGCGGUUAAAAUGACAGAUUGGGAAAACCACAGGACUCAGACCAAUUACAAUGAUGCCUUGAUAUUAAAGCUGUUUGCCUUCCACUUUGCCAAUAGUUACGCUUCGCUGUUUUACAUUGCAUUUCUGAGAAGGAGCAAUCAGAAAUUUUUUCAAUUACUUGGACUGACUGAUUUUGAAGAUAAUUGUGGGGUGCUGAACAAUUGCAUGUCAGAGCUUGGUGUUCAAGUUGUUAUACUCAUGAUCUUCAAACUAUUUCCAAAACUUGUGACGGAUAUUUUCAUACCAUGGUUGCGGAAAUCUAAAAACAGAAUCUACAGCAAGUUAAAAGUGACGUUAUCUGCACAAAAUAGUUCACAAUUAACAGUGGAUGAUUGUAUUAUAAAAGAAUCCAUGAAACCAGACCUUGGAGAUUUCACACUGGAGGAAUACACAGAGAAGAUCAUACAGUAUGGUUACCAAAUGCUUUUUUCCGUCUCCUUUCCUCUGGCACCACUUCUUUUCUUCAUAACCAUUCUGUGUGAUAUACGUGUUGAUGCCAAGCGACUGUUAUGGAUGUAUAAACGCCCCAUUGCUUUCAUGGCUCAAAACAUCGGUCAGUGGUUGACAAUAUUAGAUCUGAUCAAUGGAGUAGCAGUGGUGACCAAUGCCUGCGUGAUUGCUUUCAAUACAGAUUUUGGGAGGGAGAGGCCCUUUCAUGAACAAUUGAUCAUCCUCAUUGUAAUUGAGCAUAUAGUGUUUGUGGUGAAGUUUCUGCUGUCGACUAUCAUACCAGAUGUUCCUCAACGUAUACUCCUGGCAAUGAGGAAGGAGAAAUAUCAAGUUGCCACAAAAAUGAGAGGUUAUCCAAGCAGCCUUCACCAAUUCUAAUGAUUCUAGACAAUCACAACAUGGCUGUCCUGCUGAAAUGAUUGGACCUAAACUGCACUUUAUUUCUGUAAUUCCUAAUGAACCACAUUGUGGAUACAUCAUUCAAGAUCAACAAAUUCCUUUUUUAAGUUGAAUAAUUUGGCAUGCUGAUUAUUUUAUUACACUGUACUCAGUUUUCUCUUUUUGAUACUAAAGUAGAUUAAGGUUAUUUCACUCAUGGCUUUAUUUUUAAUAAAAUGACAAUUAAAGUAACAUGUUAAUUUCUAGCUCAUCAGUGGGCCAAAACUUGCUACUUUUGAAGAUAUUAGGAACUAACUAGAGCAUUUGUACACCUAAGGGCAAAAGUGACAUAUUAAAAUGAACCUAGCGAUGGUACUGUUGUGCCUUUAGUACUGAGAUGAAUGUUAUUCUUCAUUUUAGUAGGUGAAUAUGCAACUGUUAAAUAUAAUCUCUCCAAAAGUUGAACAUUUAUUGUGCUUCGAAUGGAAAAAUGAAUUGUGAAGAACAAAUUGUUUACAAUCUAUUUACUGUAGUCUUUAAAAUGGCAAUAGUUUUUGGUAAGAUGUAAUCCUGCCUUUUACCAUUACAGGAAGGGCAAAAUAAAUGCAUUCCUCUAUUCCAA